UUUCUCUCCUGAAGUUCCUGUUCAAUUUGCCCCAACUCUAACGUGCUCGGGUUCGGUUCAAGAAUUAACAAAGCCAGACCAGACUAAUGCUGUUUUUUCCGACAUACAAACACCUCAAGAAUUGACUGCAUUUGUUGAGACCAUGCUCCGACAACUGCAAACAAAAUUUGAUGAUUUGUCCUCGCAAUUGGUCGAUAAAAUGGAAGAUAUGGAUUCACGAAUAGAUGUACUUCAAAAAUCUCUUGAAACUUUAAUGCAACAGGCUGCUACCGAUAAUAUUAUAGUUGAUGACCUGAAGAAGUAG